GCCUCCUACCCUUGUAAUUUUAACGAGAAUACCUCCCACACAUUUAGACAUAAUAAGAACAUUACCCAGUGCCUCCUACCACUGGAAAUAUAAUGAGAAUAUUACCCAUUCCCUCCUACCACUGUAGAUUUAUGAGAACAUACCGCCUAUUGCUGUAGAGACCCCCCACUUUAAUCUAUUUUGUCUAAUAAGAAUGCCCCGAUUUUCUAAUUUAAUAUAUAAUACAAAUACCACUUGAAAAUGAGAUUUGAAUAACCAUUAAUAGUACCUUAUAUUUUUACUGUUUUAUUAAGAAUUUUUCGGAACAAAAAAAAAAUGUAAAACGUGAUUUACAUAAAAAGACAAUAAUCUCUAAAAUAAAUGUAUUUUCAGAAGAAACCAGAGUUCAAUUGACAUUAAUUAUAUGCAAUUAAUUAAACCUGCCCUAAUUGUCUGCGAUAUUUCGCAUAUUACCUAACCGAGUUUAUGUAAUAUGUAGCACAAGACUAUUUUCUUUUAAUAUUCCUUUCCCGUAAUGAGAUUAAAGUACAUUCGAUUUUAAUCCUUACAGCACUUAUAUCAUAAUAUGAUUUCAGUAUAUUUCCAAAAUCUGGUUAGCCUUCUACCCUCGAUUUCUUCUGCAAAAAUAUCGAGUAUAAAAGAGACGAUUUAAAAAUAAAUAUUUACAGUUUGUAAGUUAUGUCUCAUAUUAAUAUUCUCUCUGACAUCCAAAUUUUAGCUCCAGAACCUCAGGAAUGGUUUGACGAAAAUCCAGAAAUUGAUUUAACGAUUUCCCAAGUACUUGACGCCAUAGAAAAUAGGCAAAUCGAUUGGACUGAAAACGGAGAUUUUUGCAGUAGUGGAGUACCCAACCACCAGCCCAAUAGUGGAAGUGACGUGAAAAGCCAUCCAACCAUCAACACCACCUCUGACAAUACUGGAAGCGACGUGAAAAACCAUCCAACCAUCAGCACUACCUCUGACAAUACUGGAAGCGACGUGAAAAACCAUCCAACCAUCAGCACCACCUCUGCCAAUACCAAAAGUGGAAGCGACGUGAAGAGCAUCGUCAAAGAACAUACGAAAAAUAAGGUAAAAUUGGACCAUUUAAGUUACGAAGAAUUAAUUACAACAUUAAAAUCAUACAAAAAUAAUUUGGAUGAUAAUAUUACACAACUUGCAUCACAUAAUACAAAUUUCCACAAAACAGUUCAUGAAAUAACGGAAAUAGACGCAAAAAUAAAUAUUGCAGACAAAGAAUUGCAGAUAUUAAAAAAUUCACGAAAGAAAUUAAUAAAUGCAAAAGCUUCAUCAGCUUCAAAGAUGAAACAAUUAAAAAAAAUGUUAGUCAAUCAACUAAAUCAAUUCUAGUAGUUUCUAUGAAGAGAAUAUCUACAUCUAUUAUUUUAUCUAUUAUUUUAGGUUAGUUAUAUCAUAUGGUGUUUACCUUUUAGUUUUUAAAAAUAUAUGACGUGGUUAUAGUGAA